CUGACGUGAAAGGUGAGACAGCAGGUUGCAGGUGCUGUAAAGGGGGAGGUUGACUUCACCAGGGUGGGAGUCAAUGUAAAACCUGACCUGCAGGUAAUAUACACAAAUGUACUCAACGCUCACCAAGAUCGACAGUCUCAUUCUAAAACUCGAUACAUUCAGGUGAUAUUAUAAUAUUAAAUUUAAAAAAAAAAAACAAAACUUCAUCGUUUUAUUAUAUAUUUCGAAAUCAUGAAAUCGUCGGAGAAUUUUUUUAAAAAAAUUUUUAAUGAAUAUUGUUAAACAGUUUUUUAAAAAAAACGAAAAAACAAAAUGAAAAAAUGUGAUUUUUCGUUUAAUCGAGAGAACUAUUUAGAGAGAGAGGAAUAAAAAUUUUUUUGAAUGGGAAAAAUUGAAUAUAAAAAAAUGUUUUAUAAAUUAUUAGUGGGGUUGUUUUUAGUGGGGUUGGUCGGGGCAACUUUGGAUGAUCCUGAGGGUGUUAAGUGUGGUCAAAAAAAAUGCACAAUAAUGGAAUAUUGCAGUCCUUAUGAUCAACAGUGUAGACCAUGUUCAAAUAUUUGUGAUACGGAGGAUCAUAAUCAUCAGGCUGAUCUUUGUGCUAAAGAUUGUCAAGUAUAUCUUCACGAUCAAAGAUACGUAUUACGUUCAGAGCUUGGACAAAAUGGAAUUCUACGAGAAGAUCCACAAAUUCAAUCACUCUGGACAAUUAUUAAAAUAAUAUCAACAGUAACAGCAUUACUAUUCAUAAUUGUUUUAUUUUUUAUAAUAAGAGACUAUGUACAAUUCAAAAGAUUUCGUGGUAAAUUCGGAAAAAUAUUUGGUAAAACUUGGAAAAAGAAAACAUUGAAAAAUAAUAAAAUCCAUGAUGAUGUAGAAACUGGAUCAUCAAAACAACAACAACAGCAACAACAACAACAAAAAACAUUAAAAUUAUCAAUGCCAACAAUAAGUGCGUCAAUAACAUCACCAACAGUUUUAACAACAUCAUCAUCAUCAUCGCAAGAAACAAAUUCAUCAAAUGGUACACCAAACACAACAAGUACACCAUUAUCAAAACGUCAUCCAAGUGAAGACACCACACUUGAUUAUGCAUAUGACAAUCCAGCAAUGACACCAAGUCCAGAAACUGUACAAUCGCGAUCCAAAAGAGAAAGCUCAUUUUAAAAAAAAUUGAUAAUUUUUAAAAAAUUAUUUUACAAAUAUUAUAUAUCAUUUUUUGAAUCUCAAUAAUUUACAAUUAAUUAAUUAACAAAAUUACUAACUGUUGAUAUUAUUUGUUCAAAUAUAAAAUUAUUAUUAUUAUUUUUUUUUAAAUAUAUUUAUUAUUAAAAAAUUCGAUGACAGUGUGACGAUUUACAUCAGCAAUAACACGUCACACAUGCGGCUGUGUGACUUAAAACCGUAUUAAAUUAAAAAAUAAAUUUUUUUUUUUUUACAAUUUAUAUAUAAUCUAAUUUAUAAUUUUAAUAGUUAUUAGUUAAUUAAGUAAUUGUUAAGUUAACUUUAGGGUAUUUGAGUUAAACAAGGAUUUUAAAUCAAGCUCCUUAUCAGGCAUUCCGUCCAUGAAAAGCCUUCUAGAUUUAAAUAACAAUAAUUGCUCGAUCAAUAAAUAAAUAUUGGAAUGAAAUAAUUGAUUGAAAAAAUAACAAUAAUAUGAAACAAUAUGUGCUCAAUUUCAGUGAAUCAAAAUUAUUUUAAAUUGCUCAAAUUAAAAGCUCAAAAAAAAAAAAAAAAAUUUAAAAAAAAUUGUAAAUUUAAUUAAAAAUCGCUCAUCGUUGUAUGACAGUAUUCAAAAUUUUAUUCAACAUUUAUCAUUCCAAGUUUAUUGAUCGGCUUUAUUAAAAAAAAAAAAAACUAAUUGUUUAAUUAAAAAAUAAUAAUAAAU